CUGAAAAAUCUACAUUCAAAUUUUCAGAAUUUGUAAGUUCUCUUGCAAUGGCAACAAUUUCAUCAUUGAAUGGAAAUCACAAAGAUGGGGUUUUUCGCCCAACAACAAAUUUUUCACCCAGCCUUUGGGGAAAUAUAUUUAGUUAUUCUGCAUUGAAUAAUCAGGUGUCCGAGAAAAAUAUAGAGGAGAUUGAAACUUUGAAAAAAGAAGUGAAGCACAUGAUAGUGAGUAUUCAAAGUGACACCGCAGAAAAAAUACAAUUGAUUGAUACUCUUGAACGCCUUGGUAUUUCGUAUCACUUUGAAGAGGAGAUUGAAGAUCAAAUAAGCAAGUUGUUUAAUCUAAAUGUCAUUAAUGAAGAAUAUGACCUAUACAAUGUUGCGUUAUAUUUUCGAUUGUUUAGGCAACAUGGCUAUCCAAUCUCUCCUGAUCAUUUCAACCAAUUCAAGGACAACAAUGGAAAAUUCAAGGAAACUUUACUUAAAGAUGUAAAGGGUAUGCUCAAUCUGUAUGAAGCAGCACAAGUAAGGGAACAUGGAGAUGAAAUAUUAGAAGAGGCUCUUAUCUUCACAAAAGCACAUUUGGAGAAAAUAGCACCCAAAUUAAGCUCUUCUAUUAUUAAGAAACAAGUAACACAUGCACUCAUGCAAUCUCUACAUAGAGGCAUUCCAAGAGCUGAAGCCCAUUUUAACAUUUCAAUUUAUGAAGAAUAUGAAUCAAGAAAUGACAAGUUACUAAGGCUUGCCAAACUAGAUUAUAAUUUGUUGCAAGUGCUACACAAGAAAGAACUUAGUGAACUCACUCAGUGGUGGAAAGAUUUGGAUCUUGCAUCUAAGCUUUCAUAUGUUAGAGACAGAAUGGUGGAAUGCUUUUUUUGGACGGUAGGGGUGUAUUUUGAACCUCAAUAUUCUCGUGCUCGAAUUAUGCUUGCAAAAUGCGUAGCUAUAAUUUCAGUAAUUGACGACACAUAUGAUUCAUUUGGUACUCUUGAUGAACUAGAAGUGUUCACAGAAGUCGUCGACCGAUGGGAUGUAAGUGAAAUUGAUCGACUCCCUACCUAUAUGAAAACAGUAUAUUCAACUCUUCUCGAUCUCUUCAAAGAAUACGACAUCGAAGUAAAGAAACAAGAUAUAAGUUUCAAUGGAGUUUAUUACGUCAAAGAGGCGAUGAAAGAAAUCGUUAGGAGUUACUACAUUGAAGCACAAUGGUUCAUCAAAGGGAAAAGUCCACCAUUUGAAGAAUACCUAAGUAAUGCACUCAUCACUGGAACUUAUUACCUACUUGCUCCAGCUUCAUUAUUGGGCAUGAAAUCAGCUUCAAAGGCAUCAUUCGAUUGGAUGAUGAAUAAACCUAAAAUUCUUGUGGCUUCUGCAUUAAUUGGUCGAGUCAUUGAUGACGUUGCAACUUACAAGAUUGAGAAAGAAAAAGGACAACUUGUGACGGGAAUAGAAUGCUAUAUGAAAGAGCACAAUUUAACAGUGGAAGAAGCAAGUGCACAACUUUCUGAAAUGGCUGAAAAUGCAUGGAAGGAUUUGAACAAAGAAUGCAUUAAGCCAACUUCAAUGCCAGUUGAAAUCUUGAAGCCAAUCGUAAAUCUAACACGUCUAAUUGAUGUGGUUUACAAGAAUAAUGAAGAUGGAUAUAGUAAUCCAAAGAAUAAUGUGAAGUCUGUAAUUGAAGCCUUACUCGUUAAUCCCAUCAACAUGUAGGGGACUCAAAGGAAGAUGGUCAAUCGAAUAAGUUAAUGUAUAUCAUUAUAGUAUUUUAAUAAAAUAUCCAUUAAUAAGUGAUUUGUACUCCAUCGUAUUAGUUUUGUUAACUCAAUUUAGAUUGGAAAUGUUUUAUUUGUGUGAAUAAAUUGUAUGUACCUCGAGAGUGCAGAAAUUUUCAUUAGUUAUCCUUUUC